AUGCCGAUGCCGACCAUCUCGGUGUCGGUGCGAUCGCUGGCCUCAUGGCGGACGGUGGCGCUCGUGUUUGCUCUGCUCAAUCUCAAAGCGCUGCCGCUUGCAUGGCACUGCCGGCUGUUCUACCGCAUGCUGAGCAGCUGGUACACGGAGGCGCGGGUCAAGCGGCUCGUGGCGAGCAGUAGCUCAUCGACGUCCACGUCGAGCGCGACGGCGACGCACCAUCCGAUCUUUGAGCCGGUGUCGAUAUUCUCGCGCGCGCCCCUCCUCGAGACGGACUACAACCUGCACAAGAGCAACAGCACGUACUUUUCCGACCUGGACGAGAGCCGGACGGCGCUGAUGACGCGAGUGCUGAUCCCGGGCCUGAGGCACGGCUCGCGGGCUCUGGAGCGCGAAGGCCACAAGGGCAGACUGGCCGUCAUCCUCGGCAGCGUGCACACGUCCUUCCACCGCGAGAUCCUGCCCUACGAACGCUACGAGGUGCGCUCGCGCCUGCUGGGAUGGGACAGGAAGUGGAUCGUCGUGGGCAGUUGGUUCGUCCGGCCCGCACGGAAUCACAAGCACAAGGAGAAGGGGAAUGGGAAAGAGGAGGAGCCCGAGGUGCUGCUCGCCUCCGCCCUGAGUAAAUACGUCGUCAAGAAGGGCCGCUUCACCGUCUCGCCUGAACGCUGCUUCACCGCCGCCGGCUGGCUGUCGCCUGGGGACCACGACUGCGACCACGCCCUGCAUGUCCAGUCGUCUGAUGCACAGACGACCGAACACCGCUCCGAUCACUUGGACAAUGUCCCCGUGUCUGAAGGGAUCCCUGCCGCUGUCCCGGAGGCUGCCGCCGAUGUCACCACCGAAGUCGUCGAGAAGCUCGAGACCGCGGCCGAAGCCCUCUCGCAGUCGCAGUCGCCACCGGCCGGGCCCCUGGAUUCGCACACGACUCCCGCCCCGACGGGCAAUUGGGACUGGCAUCGCAUCGACGCCGAGCGUCUUCGCGGACUCAACGUCGCUGCCAACUGGCUGGCGCUGGACAAGGAGCUGCUGGAUGAGUUCCUGCGCGGCUAG